AUGUUACGACGUUUUACCGUACAAGGCCUUCACACCAGCAUGUGGAGUGCGCAGAAACUUGCCGCCCGCUUCUGCGUGAGCAUCAAAGUGCCGACCAUCGCCGAGUCCGUGAGCAGCGGGAAAGUUGUAGGAUGGACCAAAGCCGUCGGCGAUCACGUCGCGGAGGAUGAAGUGAUCUGCCAAAUUGAGUCCGACAAACUCAACGUGGACGUGCGGGCCCCAACAAGCGGCGUCAUCACGAAGAUCAACUUUGAAGAGGGGGCAGUGGUGGAGGUGGGGGCGGAACUCUCCACCAUAAAGCCAGGGGAAGCCCAAGCGGCAAAGAAGGAAGAAACACCAGCAGAAAAGAAGAAGGAAGAAACAACAACAACAACAACUGCUGCAAAGCCUAAACCCCCCGUAGCCGCGGCUCCAGCAACACCGAAGAGUACAUCGACAACCAUCACAACGACAACGGGAUCUGAUCCGCGUGUGCGGAGUGUUCGGAUUUCAUCCAUGCGUCAGCGUAUAGCGGAUCGUCUAAAGGCGAGUCAAAACACAUGCGCCAUGUUAACGACAUUUAAUGAGAUUGAUAUGACACCUCUUAUUGAGUUACGCAACCGAUAUAAAGAUGAUUUCUUCAAGAAGCAUAAUGUGAAAUUAGGGUUUAUGUCCCCUUUUGUAAAAGCUUGUGCCAUUGCCCUACAAGAUGUGCCUAUUGUGAAUGCCUCCUUCGGUACCGAUUCUAUUGAAUAUCACGACUUUGUGGAUAUCAGCAUUGCGGUCUCCACUCCACGUGGACUUGUGGUCCCUGUCCUUCGCGAUGUGCAGAAUUCUGACUUUGCGAUGAUUGAAAAACAAAUCGCUGACUUUGCGGAUCGUGCGAAGGUGAACAAACUCACACUUGCCGAGAUGACGGGCGGUACUUUCACGAUCAGCAAUGGCGGUGUCUUUGGCUCGUGGAUGGGCACUCCCAUCAUCAAUCCCCCGCAGUCCGCCAUUCUCGGCAUGCACGCCACGAAGAAGCGGCCGUGGGUCGUCGGCAACGAAAUAAAAGUGCGCGACGUGAUGGCCGUUGCGCUCACGUACGACCACCGACUCAUUGACGGCAGCGACGCGGUGACGUUUCUCGUGAAGGUGAAGAAUCUCAUAGAGGACCCCGCACGUAUGGUGCUCGAUCUCGCGUAA